AUGAAUAUCACAUUAUGUACUAGCAGCCUCUGUAGAAACGCUUCUAGCAAUCUUGCUUCACCAUUAGGAUUCUCAACUGCGACUACUUUAAUGAUCGGUGGUUCAAUUGGAAUUAUUCCCAACAUUAUUAUCAUAGCUGGUAUCUACCUAAAAUCAUCAUUGCAUAAACCCACUUAUUAUUUAAUUGCUAACUUAGCUGCAAGCGAUAUUAUGCUCGGAAUAGGAACAAUAUUAAAUGUCAUAUUAGCAUUAAUCGAUUAUCAAAUUGGAAUAUCUAGAAAGAUUCAUUUAUUAUUAUGUAAAAUAAUCGUUAUCCUACCAAAUACUUGGUCUUAUACUGCUUCUAUACAAACCUUAGUUAUAAUUAGCGCCGAACGAUAUCAAGCUAUAUUUCGUCCGACCAAAGUAUUAACAACCAGAAGAGUAAAAUGGUUAUGCCUCAUAGCAUGGGGAAUAUCAUUAAUAGUUUCAAUUCCUCCUGCUAUCGAUGCAUCAAUCAGAAGACCAAAAUUGCGAUUUUGUAUUAAUAAUGGAAAAUACACUUAUUGGACAACGGUGAUUAACCUUGUCUUAUUUAUUUUCCAGUUUGCCCUUCCAGCUGUCGUUAUGACUGUACUAUAUUCAUUAAUACUUCGCCAAUUGAGUAGAGGAAGCAUCGUUGGACAAAUUGAAUCAAGAAAAAGUAAAAAGCUUAAACGUAGAACUAUCUAUAUGCUAUUAAUAACAACAUUUACGUUUCUAGCAUUAGCAACACCUUGGGCACUAACUUUAGCAAUUGUAGCAAUUACAGGCAAAAUAACCUCACAAAUCAUUUCAAGCACAAAUAAUCCAACAAUUCGAUCGAUAAUUCGCCUCAGUAUAUUAAUGCUUCCCUUCACAACAUUGUAUAAUCCUGUGAUAUAUUGUAUAUUUAAUAACCAAAUUCGGCAGUUAUUCAUUCCAACUUGUAAAUUAUUUGCCAGAAGUAAAUACUUUGCUGUUCUUCCAGUAGCACAGCAAGACUCUAACAAUAUGAAUAAUAAAGAUUCAACACCAGUAGUGCUAACAGCUCAUUCCCAAUCAUUAUCCAAGCAAGAUACUUUAGCAACAAUUCCGUGA